AUGGAAGACAUUGUUUACAAGCUUCGCGGCAUACCGAGCGUCUGGAAUGGCGGCAAAGUUACCGAGAGCGACGUGCGAACUCUCGUCACCGAAGCCUGGCCGCAAUGCCAGGAACGCAGCAUCGACGUGCGCAAUUUGGAAGCGGACCCGCGAAGCCCCGAGCUGAUGGUCGCGACGCUGGCUUUGGUAAAUCCACUCUCACCAUGCGAAAUCUCGACUACUGUGAGAGAUGAGGCUGAAGAGCCGCACGCCCUGCGGCUGAGCCUUAAGCUCCAGCCUGUCGAGAAGCAGGGAGCUUGCCUUCAAAACCUGUCCUACCCCGACCAAAACUACCGCGAGGCCGAAAUCGAGCUUGCAGAUGGUACCUGCGACUGGAUCCUCGGCCACGAUGGCUUCCGCAAAUGGGACAACGCCCCGGGAAAGCUGCUCUGGAUCUGCGGUCCCUCCGGCGCCGGCAAAUCGACUGUGAUGAAACGCAUUACACAGCACCUCAAGAACUCCGACAGCCGACUUGUUCUGUCUUACUUUUUCGACGGCCGAACCUCGUCAAUCCACAGUUCCCCCCAAGGAUGCUACCGCCACCUACUUUCUCAAGUGCUGCCGUACGAACCCAUGUACCUUGCAGAACUGUCCCGGGUGUGUAAAAUGAUCAGCUUGGAAAAAGAUCCGGGUGGAUCAACAACCGACCUCUUGCGCCAGCAAUUUAUGCGUUUCCUCCCGGGUAUUGCCAGCCAAACACCCCUUACCAUCCUCAUCGAUGGCCUUGACGAAGCUGGCGCUAUGAAGAUGGCGAGCGAAUUCCGUGCUCUGUGGUCUUCGCCUCGCAGGUCCAAUGUCGAUCUGAAAGUCUGCAUCUCGUGUCAUGAUCCGGCGCUCUGGGCCUCCGAUGGCGACCUCGAGGCAGAUGUGGAAAUGCACAAUCGUGACGACAUCCGGAAGUUCGUGCAUCUAAGGCUGGGUGAGGAAGAGGAACCUGACUGGAUCAAGCUUGAAGAGCACAUCCAGCAGAAGGCCGCUGGCAAUUUUCAGUGGGCGCGCCUUGUGGCAACCGAAAUGGCCCGGCUAAAGAGAGACGGUUGUGACCUUCCGGCUCUUGAACGGAGACUGAAAACCAUCCCCGGCGAUCUUACCCAGCUUUAUCAACGCUUGAUGGAGGACGUCGAUGCCGAGGAGACCCCCAGAGUGAUACAAAUGUUCCACUGGCUCUGCUUCGUGAAAAGGCCUUUCUCCAUCGCAGAGCUCCAGGACGCACGUGAUUCUUCUGGCCAAAUUCUGAAGGUCCUAGAUUCAUCCGACAUGGAAAGAUACAUUGAAGAAAGUUCAAGGGGCCUUAUGGAAGUCAAGACACGAUUAUUGCCCGACGCGUCUCGUUUGGAACGCAUCCGAUUCGUUCACUCCUCUGUCCCACACUACCUCCUGAAUGGCGGCCUCCAGCAUCUCGCCGGUGGUGAACUCAAGCCCUUGAGCGACUUGACCCACCGUCAUAUCAUGGGAAUUUGCUUGAACUACCUGAGAAAGCAUAGACUUGUUGAAGAGACGCGAGAAAGAUCAGCGGCUGCCGAGAUGUUACUGGGCAUCGAUGCCUUGCUUAAAUCUGAAAACAACUGGGCAAGCGACGAUGUUCUCCGCGUGUCCAAGGAUAUCGAGAUGGCCGCCAAAACGUGGAACCUCGACCUUCAAUCAGAUCACGACCUGGGCUCCAUCAACACCCUCUCAUUCCCAAAAGCAAGGUCAUAUCUAAAGGAGGCAUUCUCAUGGCUCGCCAGCAGCAUAGCCCGACAGACUAUGGAGCAAUAUCCUUUCGCUAACUACGUCAUUUCGGCCCUGAAUUCUCACUUCAGAGCGGUUGAUGGUACUGGCCUUCCUGUUGUCAGCCUCGUCGACACAUCUUUUUGGUCUCCUGAAUCUAGCUUCUUCGAAGCAUGGCGUUACCUCAGCAUUGUUCUGCAUCCUUAUAACAAGCUUUCCGGCUGUUUCGACACAUCCAACACAAUAGACCGCCCAAUCGGCGGAACAACGCCCCUCCACUAUAUUGCCCAGCACUCGUUCCUCUCCUCCCUCCAACCCGCCCUCAAGAAUCAUUCGACUUCCCACCUCUCCCUCCACAACGCUGCAGGUCACACGCCACUCACCACCGCAAUAACCGCCCGCAACUACACCGUUGCCAACACCCUCCUCUCCAGCUCCAACAUCGAUCCCAACAUUCCAGAUACCACCAGCAACCGCCAAACCCCGUUGAUCCACGCUAUCCUCUGCUACAGCCCAACAACUAACGAUGAGGCCUACAAUUCCCUCCUCACAACCCUCAUAGCACACCCUGCCACGAUCCAUUCCCAUCGUGACGCCAACAAUCGCACCCCGCUCAUCCACGCGGCUUCCCACGCCCAUCUCCUCGCCAUCCACCUUCUCCUAGCCCAGCCAGCCGAGGCCGCCGCCCUCUUCGCCCACGACAACGACCUCCGCACCGCUUUCUCGCACGCCGCCCAAGCCGGCUCCGCUCCCGCUUUCGCAGCCAUUUCGGACACCGCCACCACCACCGCUACCCACCCUAAAGACGGAAUUGCGGCCAUCGUCGACGAGCCGGACGCCUCCGGCCGCACGCCGCUGAGCUACGCUGCCGAGGCCGGGGCCGCCGCCAUCGUCGAGGCACUGCUAGCCCAGGGCGCGCGGGUCGGCAUGGUGGACGCGCAGGGCAUGACGGCGUUGGAUCAUGCGGUUCGCGCGAGGAGAAAGGGCACCGCGCAGGUGGUGGGGUUGCUGUUGGGUGCGAGGGAGGCGACGGCGCCGGCGAACACGGACGAGACGAGACUUGGCGUUGCAAUGGAACCGAGGGAGGUGUUGGCGUGGGCGAUAGACAGGGGCCAGGUCAGGCUUCUGCAGAGCGUGCUGGAGGAUAGUAGCGAGACGUAUUUGGAUUCUCGAACGUUGGGGAAGGUGAGGGCGAUGGUGGGGGUAGAAGAGAGGGAGGCGGCAGUGGUUGGGGGAUUGGAGUAUGGGGAGGAUGAUGGUGGAGAUGGAGCUGCGAGGGUUUGGAUCAGGGACCAUUUGGGGAGUAUGGAAACAAAGAUGGACAAUUUAAGCGAGAUUAAGAGAUUGAUGGAAGAGCGGAAGAAGAAGAAAGAAGAAGAGAGGAAGAGAGAGGAGAAGGCAAACGCCGUAGUGGAAGUAAUGAGGAUUAGCUCGAAGCUCUGA